UGUGAUGUUGGGUGAGUUCAGAGUGAUAAUGAACGCACAGACGGAGUCACGAGCUCAGGGGAAUGAAUUUGUUUGGAAAUGACAGAGACAGACAGCGCGGUGACUGAGGCUGGACGCUACAGUGAGAACAACAUCAGAAGAAUGGACAAGAGGAUUGUAAAAAAUCUGGAACCAGCAAGACCACUGCGCCGUCAAGGUUUAAAAUUGCCUCAAAGCUGUGCUGAGAUUAAGCCAGACAACAUUAUUAAAGUGGAGCAUUUCUAUGAAAUCCUGCAUCUUCAAAGUCCUCAACCAAAGAAGAAAGUCACGUGUCCACCUCAAUGCACUCUUCAAAAUAAAGCUGAAAGAAUUUGCUACACUCGGGACUUCCUCAUCAAGAUGGCAAGUUGUCCAAUAGCUAAGAAGAAACCUGAGUUUUUACCAGAACAUCCAAUCGUUUUGGAGAAUGGAAGGUCCAAUGCCAUGCCCAGAUACUUUAUCACCAACUACAAUGAUAACAACAACCGCAACGACGAGGACUUGGCUGCCUGAUGUGGAAUUUCUUAGUCUUUUUAUACAAUAGUCUAAAACUGCACUGCACAUGUGGGCCAAAGUGGAAAGUGUUAAAAAAAAUGAUUAUCACAAGUUAAUUUAAUAACUUUCAUUGUUAUAAAAGGUAAAACCACCUGAGGUUGUCCUUGAAUUCUUGAACACAUUUGUAUUCUAUGUAGGUGUUGCAAUGCUUGUUCCUAACUAGUCCACAGUACAGUGUUAAAUGAUACUACUAACAGGACUGAUGCCUUGAUCCUUGUAAAAGAUUCCACAUCCUAAUUUGUUGUUUUAAACUCACUCUUUGUCCUUUCUUUGACCAUAGUUUUUCAUUUUACCUUAUCAGACGGUGGUGAUGUCGAACUCAGGCUUUUGAUCCUUGCCUAAUGUAGGUUGUGUGUGUUGCUAGUCUAGUUUCAUGAUCUGCUGUGUGGAAAUUUAAUUAUUGUGGGGAUUUGGACUUGAAGUGUUUAAGAUUGAAGUGAAGUGCUCUUAAAAUUAUAUAGACUUCUAGCGAGUUCAUGCGUCAGAUUGGGAAUGUGUUCACUUUGCUUAAUUGUAUUAACACUGGACAUUAUGGCAAGUAAAACAGAACUGCCACUAUCUUUUGACAAUUAUUGAGCCUGUGGAUGGGUAAUGAUAAGCUUUUGUUUUACCCCCCCCCCCCCCCAAGCAUAACACUGAAAAUAGAUCUCUUUUGUUUACAUAUGCCAAUGUUUGAAAUUUAUUUAACUAAUUUCUGUAAAGUGUAUUAGAACACAGAAUAAUACGUGUUUGUUACAGUACUGUAGCCCUUUCAGUAUUAUAAUAUUGUCUUAUUAGGGGUUGCUAAAAAUAGUUAAAAAACAACAACCACUCUGGAUCUUAUGCAAGGAUCCCCCCACCCAUGAUUUGCACAUCUGGGCAGAGGCAAUAUUUGUUUUUGUUUUUUGUAUCUCACUGUAAUUUGUUGACUCAUUGUCUUAGAAAUUGGAUUUGAGAUUGGAUUUAUUCCACUAAAUUCAUUACAUUCAAUAAAAGAACAUGUUUUAGUUGCUC